ACAUUUAAUGCUACGUGGACAGAUCAUUUUGCUUUCACCGCUGAUGAAACUGGUUCACCAGUCUGCUUAAUAUGUGGCGAAAGACUGGCAAACAACAAGAAGUCAAAUGUUGAAAGACAUUUCGAGAACAAACACUCUGUCUUUGCUAAAAGAUAUCCCGAGGGAGAGGAGAGAAAAAAGGCUGUUUCGGAGCUGAUGCGGAAGGCUGAAGCGAGCAGGAGUCACUUCAAGAAGUGGAUUAAGACCGCAAAUUCCACUACAUGUGCCAGUUUCGUGGCUACUCAGGAAAUAAUCAAGCAUGGUAAACCAUUUACAGAUGGAGAUUAUCUCAAAGAAACAUUUGUUAAGAUUUCAGAACAUCUUUUCUCGGACUUCAGAAACAAAGAUGAAAUUUUGCAGAAAAUAAAAGACAUGCCUCUCUCUGCCAAAACUGUCCAAGACAGAACUGUGAAGAUGGCAGAAAACGUCACCAGACAGCAGAUUGAAGAUAUCAAUUCAGCUUUGGCCUACGCAAUCGCCUGUGAUGCGUCAAAAGACAAAAAUGACAUUGAACAAAUAGCGUUGUUCUGCCGAUACGUGAGCGCUACUGGGCCACAGGAAGAAAUGAUUGAUUUAAUACCGCUAAAAGGCCAAACACGGGGGGAGGAUAUAUGUGAGGCUGUAUUGGACUGUUUGAGAAAUAAAGAAAUAAAGACCACCCACCUGGUGUCAGUAGCUACUGAUGGGGCACCGUGCAUGACAGGAGCGCAGAAGGGCUUUGUAACUUUACUCCAGAAGUCAUUGGAUAGAAAAUUGCUGACUUUCCAUUGUAUCUUGCAUCAGGAAGCACUGUGUGCGCAAACAUUUCCUCCGGAAUGCACAGAAGUAAUGGAUGUUGUCAUUCAGAUUGUCAACAAAAUAAUGGCAAAAGGUUUAAAUCACCGUCAGUUUCGCUCAUUACUAGAUGAGAUGGACACCAAGUACUCUGAUCUCCUGCUGCAUAACAAAGUCCGGUGGCUGUCCAGAGGAGAAGUGCUGAAACGCUUUGCAGCGUGUCUGGAAGAGGUGAAAACUUUCCUCAGCAGCAAAGGGCUCACCUUUCCUGAGCUGGAACAGCCAGAGUGGCUGGAAAAGCUACACUUUAUGGUCGAUAUGACAGCGCACCUGAACACAUUGAACACAUCUCUUCAGGGGAAAGGAGGCACAGCUCUGCACCUGCUGGAAGAGGUGCUGGGAUUCGAGCGCAAGCUAACAGUGUUGGCCAAGGAUUUAGAGCGACUCGCACUGCAUCACUUCCCCUCUUUGAGAGAAUACCAACAAGGUGGGAAUGUGAUAAAUACGCAGUAUUUGCAAUCUGCAAUCACUGCAAUGCAAGCGUCAUUUGGGAAACGAUUCUGUGAGUUCAGAGAGGAAAAAAACACUCUAUCUUUCCCUGUCACUCCUCUAAGCAUCGAUCCAUCCCUGUUGAAUAUGACUGCAUUUCCAGGUGUAAGUCAACCUGAUCUAGAGAUGGAACUGGCCGACAUCGCCGACAAAGACAUCUGGGUGUCAAAGUUCAAGAGUUUGACAGCUGAUCUUGAAAAUGUGUGCCAUCAGAAGGCCGUUCUCGCUCAGAAUCACAAAUGGAGCGAAGUUGCCAACCUUCCCAAACAGGACAAACUUGUAUUCAAAACAUGGAAUGCCAUCCCCGACAGCUACAUCAACAUGAAGAGGUAUGCAUUUGGAGUCCUUGCAAUCUUCGGAUCCACAUACAUCUGUGAGCAGGUCUUCUCCAACAUGAACUUUAUUAAAAACAAGCACCGCUCACGCCUCACAGACGUCAGCUUACGCUCCUGUUUGAAGAUGAAGGUGACAUCUUACAGCCCUGACAUGAAGACGCUGUGCGGCGAGGUUCAGGAGCAAAAAUCACAUUAACCAGGAGGACAGGUGACCGCACACACGCGAUGGGACACAGAAGCAGACUGCACAUUUUUCGGUUUGCAUGGUUCGUUCAGUGCCGGUGGAUAAUAUUUGAAUAAGUUUUGAUUUUUUAUCUCCUGAAUAAGAGGAGGACAGGUGACUGCAUUCUGUUUCUAUUUUUCCUUCAGUGCGGGUUGGGUAAGUUUCGGUUUUUAUUUCUUAAAUACAAAGACCCAAAUAGGGUAUUUUGUUUGCAAUUGAGCAAAGUGUAAAAUGCGUUUUGUUACAUGCAGAAAUAAAAUUUUGUGUUCUCUGCAGCAGUUCGUUGAUUUCAUAAACGCAACAU